GGUUUCCGGUUACAGCGCUCCUCAUUUGAAAAGGGUUCGGUUAGAUGUUGAGGGGGGUCCACCGCCAUUGUUAAAAGACGGCGUCCGCAAUGUUGCCAAAAGUAACAUUUGAAAAGUAAAAAUUUUGAACAAGGAGUCACAAGGAAAGUGAUACCGGCCUUUUGUUUUGAGGACUUCAAACAUGGCGCAGCGUGUGGCGGUACAAGAUGGAGCAAGCAAGAAGACAGCUAGAGUUCGGGUAGCGGUUCGUUUGCGGCCCUACAUGGGCAAGCUCGAUGAGAAAAGCGAGGGCCCGUGUGUCAGAGGCCUGGACGCACAGAAUCUGGAAAUAAUCAACUGGAGAAAUGCUACAGAAACUGUCAAAUACAACUUUGACGUUUUUCAUGGUGAGCAAACGACGCAACAAGACGUUUUCCUCUCAUCAGUGAAGCCCAUUCUGCCACACAUACUGAAUGGACAAAAUGCCAGUGUCUUUGCUUAUGGACCAACAGGAGCUGGUAAAACCCACACCAUGAUGGGCAGCUCAGAUGAGCCAGGCGUGAUCCCCCGCGCUGUUCGUGCCAUUUUCAAUAUGGUCAAAGCUAAGGAUGAGGCUGAAGGAUGGGACUACAGUAUUGGCAUGUCUUAUUUGGAAAUAUACAAUGAAAAGGUGCUAGAUCUUCUAUCACCAGGCUCCCAGGAUUUGCCAAUCAGAGAGGACAAGGACAAGAACAUCCUCAUCCCUGGCCUCACUCACACAACCAUCACAUCCUUCUCAGAUUUUGACAAACAGUUUGUCCCUGCCAGCCUCAAUCGUACCACAGCUUCUACCAAACUCAACCAGCGCUCUAGCCGCAGCCAUGCUAUCCUCCUCAUCAAGGUUGUACGGACUCAGCGCGUCCUCCCCCACAGACAGCAAACGGGAAAGCUGUACCUGAUAGACCUGGCCGGGUCCGAGGACAACCGUCGCACCGGCAACCAGGGCAUCCGCCUGAAAGAGAGCGGCGCCAUCAACCUGUCUCUGUUUACUCUCAGCAAGGUCGUGGACUCCCUUAACUCUGGCACUGCCGUCCGUGUGCCAUACAGAGACAGUAAACUGACACGGCUGCUACAGGACUCUCUGGGCGGCUCAGCACACUCUGUCAUGAUCACCAACAUUGCACCAGAGUACAAGUACUAUUUUGAUACGUUCAGUGCACUCAACUUUGCCUCCAAAUCCAAGCUCAUCGUGAACAAGCCCUUCACCUGUGAAACUGUGGCUGUGCCUGCGCUUCCAGUGAAGCGGGCCAGAGAGGACCACGAGGCAGGCGGGUCUGGCACCGAGCCACAGAAGAAGAGGCAGAAAGACGAGAGGAAAAGUGAACAGGAGGGCUCCUCACCGUCUUCACAUUUUAACAGUCUGUCACAGCCGUCAGUGAUGGACAGGCUAGUAGCUCUGGAGAAGCUGAUGAUGAAGCGCCAAGACAAAGAUGGACUGAGCGUGCUGAAAGAUGUGGCACAGGAGAUCCAGGUGCUCAAAGAUAGGCAGAGGGAGUUUGAGAACAAAGCUAUGCUAUUCAGUCGGUUGGCUGGAGAAAAGUCCAGUGCCAAACAGGACGCUGCCUUCAAGAACACCACAGCGCCUCUGCAAAGACGACAGGCAACUGCAACAAAAGUGAAUAAACAGCAGGCUGUAGUCCAGCCCCUACAAGUGUCGCAGCUCCAUCCUCUUCAGCAGCUUGCAGUCAUCAAGAAACAGUCCGUCUGCGUCAAGAAGAAAGAGAGGAAGCUUUCAGAUCAGGUUGAGCCUCCUGAUGGUAAAGAGAACGUAAUAGAGAACUGCUGGGAGUCCCAACUCGACACAUCCAUGCUCGAGAACUCCACACAGAAAAUUCUGCAUGUUCUCAAUAACGGCUCCCUCAAAGAGCUCAAAGGUCUGCAGCAGAUUGGUGACAAGAAAGCAAAGCUCAUCCUGGGCUGGAGGGAAAUACAUGGACAUUUCACAAGGUUGGAAGAUCUGCUAAAAGUCGAGGGAAUGACGGAAAAGAGAUUUUCCUCCUUCAAGAAGGCAAACAUCCUGAGUUCCAUGGGAAAGUGAUUUUUAUUUUUAUUUUUUACCUACCCUUAUCUAAUGUAUAUGAUUUCUAUCUCUAAAGCUUUUAAUGUCUUUUAUGCGGUUUUAUGAUGUUUUUGUAGUAACCAUUGUGUUCCAGCUGAUGGCGCACUACUGCUUUUAAAUAAAUGCCUCACGUGUCAUUUAAA